AAAACAAAAAAAUUUUUUUUACCUGAAAGGUGGAUUUUAACCGUUGCGGAGCGAGGAAGGUGUUCGGUUCGAUUCCCUGCCCCCCCGGGGGGGGUGUGUUGGGGAGGAUGCGUUCCUGCGCCAGAGUCAACCUCCUGGGUGCGCUGUUGGUCCUGUGCGGCGGCGUGGGCGUCUCGUCGGCGAUCAGCUCCGCGGACCCGGACUGGUCCGGGGAGGGUCGUUGCCAGCGCAUCGUCAUCCCCCAGUGCAGGGACAUCGGCUACAACAGCACCCGCAUGCCCAACCUCAUGGGCCACGACGACCAGCAGGAGGCGGCGCUGGAGCUGCGGGAGUUCGCCACCCUCAUCCGGCUCGGCUGCCACGGCCACCUGCGGUUCUUCCUGUGCUCGCUCUACGCGCCCAUGUGCACCGAGCAGGUGUCCAACCCCAUCCCCGCCUGCCGCCUCAUGUGCGAGCAGGUCAGGGCCAAGUGCUCCCCCGUCCUGGACCACUUCAACUUCCCCUGGCCCGACUCGCUGGACUGCUCCCGGCUGCCCACCAGGAACGACCCCAACCACCUGUGCAUGGAGGCCCCCACCAACGGCUCCUCCGACGACGCCGCCCCCCCCAGGGUCUCCCAGACGCAGCCGCCGGACUUCAGGCCACCGCCGCAUCUACCGGGCGGCGGCGACCGCGAGCUGCCCCUGAAGGACGGCGGGCGCAAGGAGGGCUGCGCCAACCCCGGCAAGUUCCACUUCGUGGCGAAGAGCGAGUCGUGCGCCCCCAGGUGUCACCCCCAGGUGGACGUGUACUGGAGCCGCGGGGACAAGCGCUUCUCCCUGGUGUGGAUGUCCGUCUGGUCCGUGCUCUGCUUCGCGUCCAGCGCCUUCACGGUGCUCACCUUCCUGGUGGACCCCGGCAGGUUCAAGUACCCCGAGAGGCCCAUCGUCUUCCUGUCCGUGUCCUACUGCGUCUACUCCCUGGGCUACCUGGCGCGGCUGGCGGCGGGCGCCGACGGCAUCGCGUGCGACCGCGACGCCGGCGUCCAGUACGUGGUCCAGGAGGGUCUGGAGAGCGCGGGCUGCACCGCCGUCUUCCUCGUCCUCUACUACUUCGGCAUGGCCAGCUCCCUCUGGUGGGUGAUCCUGACCCUCGCCUGGUUCCUGGCCGCCGGGAAGAAGUGGGGCCACGAGGCCAUCGAGGCCCGCAGCGGCUACUUCCACCUGGCGGCGUGGGCCGUCCCGGCGGCGAAGACCGUCCUGAUCCUGGUGACCAGGAAGGUGGCGGGCGACGAGCUGACGGGCCUCUGCUACGUGGGCGGCAUGGACGCCGAGGCCCUGACGGGCUUCGUCCUGGUCCCGCUGUCCUGCUACCUGAUCGUCGGCACGUCCUUCCUGCUGUCGGGCUUCGUGUCCCUCUUCCACAUCCGCAGGGUGAUGAGGACCGAGGGCGAGGACACGGACAAGCUGGAGAAGCUGAUGGUGCGCAUCGGGGUCUUCUCCGUGCUCUACACCGUGCCGGCCGCCUGCGUCAUCGCCUGCUACGUUUACGAGCGGCUCAACGUGGAGCGCUGGUUUCGACUUAAUUAUUCGGCAGCUUUUGUGACACUCUCCCUCCAGGCGGUGACUUCUAGGCGUGAUCAUAAUUACUGCGGUCAUGAGUAG